GGGUGACCUAUACCAAGUACAUAGUCGACAGUACAGCCGAAGGGUUUGGGUCGCUCAGUGCGGAACAGAGUGUUUUGACACGCCCAAGAGAGUUGGGGAAGGCACUCUCGCGCUAUGCAGGUCUCACGGCAAAGGUGGUUGUAACAGCCAUUGGCAGGGGAGACGAUGACAAG